AUGCCCAUCUCUGACGCUACUGAUGUAUCCUACCUCAUUGGCCCGGUCGAAAUUGGUACACUAGUCAGUGCGAUACUUCUGGGGUGCGCGAUACUACAGGGUUAUUUUUACCAUUGUAACUGCCAAAAUGACUCUUGCAAGAGAAAGGCCUUCGUAAGCCACUUAUUUUCCCUUUUGGCCGACUUCCUUCACUUCGUUUUCUGCUCAGCGAUGCUUUGGAGGCUCACAAUAUCAGCUUUUGGAAACUUGCAGCAAGUCAAAGCGUUCCCGACGUCCGCACUCAGUGGGACAGCGACGAUGACAGCGGUGAUGAACAUUCUGACGCAGUCAUACUACGCUCUCCGCCUCUGGAAGCUCUCUACACGCUUCAUCCUCCCCUUCAUGGUCGCCAUCUCCACGAUAAUAUCCACAAUUGUAACAUUGUGCUGUGCAGGUCAAAUAGUGGUUCACGGUGCUGGGUGGCUUGACAGUCAUCGAUGGUUGAUCAUAUUGGGAUUAUCCUCAGAGAUCUGGGGAUCCGUCCUUAUCACGGCAGGCACGGCGUGGUUCCUCCACAAGUCGAAGUCAUGGGCUCUCCGCAACACUGUACGGAAGAUUGAUAAACUGAUCGUUUGGACAAUUGAGAUCGGUUUACCUCCCAGGUACUUUUGA